AGAAACAUUGCGUUUCCUCGCGCAAGACACUUGGCUAACCUCGGGCUGGAUGCUCUGAAGAAGAUAAUGCCUUUGAACGAUUUAGCAUUUGUUGCAAGGUACUUUAUCGAUUUAUAAACGUUCACUAGACUCCAGCUCGUUUUGUACAGUAAAGGCAGGUUUAACACAGAACGAAACUAAGCCGCAGUGUCUGAUUGUCGACUAGAUAUUGCUGCUAAAGAGUCAGCGGAAAACCUCGACUCGAGUUUCUGUGAAAUUAGUGGAAAUAAGCUGUUUUUUAGUUCGCUUUCGUUAUCGUUGUGUUGAAAACCUGUCGCCGCCUCGAGCACGCGCUGCGCGCUCCCUUGACUGCCACUGAUUGCGUCAAGCGCUGAAUGGCUUCAUUCAGGGGUGUGUCUUAAUCCGACGUCUAGUUUCACAAUCAGGCCCGGGGGGGGGUCCAGUUACAUACUAUUAUUCAUGUUAUAACAUAAUAUCAGUGUGUAUUACGUGUUUAUAAAAGACUCACUGAGGCAAAGAUACCUUUUAAACUAAUAAUAAUUUAGUUUGGCUGUAAAUGAGACGUGAUUUGUUUUGUAUUAGCACUUCAUGUUACGGCUUCUGACUAGCAAAGACGUCCUUUUUUGUGAUGAACGUACAUUUAGUGUCCAUUUGUGUUUAGAAAUUAGCAAAGCAGAGAAUGUAAAUAAAAUGUCUCCGGUCUGAUUAGCAAUCCUUCAGAUAAAUAACUUCUAACAAGAUCUAUGUAAACGGAUAAACUGCACUGAACUGAGUCGCUCAAAAAGGGAUAGGUUUUUCCAAACAUUUGUGGUAUUUUCAGUAGUAGUUUUUUUUUUUGUUUGUUUACAAGUAAAUAUAAAAACAGCGUAUGGUGUAACGUUUCAGUAGUCUAAUGCUAGUUCCUCAGCUUUACGCUCCACAGCUUUAAACCCUGUUGUUUAUUUUUUUAUUGAGUCAAAAAUUGGUCCUAAAUUCCCCAGCAUCAUUUGCGAAGUGAAGUUGCCUCAUCACUGAGGAUAUAUAAGUAGCUAAAAUGAUAUAGCUAGUACCUCUCUGUCCUUGUGAACGUGAGAUGAAUGUAAUGCUAAAUUCUGACUAUGCGAACGUUACACAUGUCAAACACGCUAAAGGAAUUAGCACUGACUUUUUAAGAGUUUCUGAGUGACCAAAAAUGCUAUAGUGCCUGGCUAAAAAAUAAAUGGUUUGCCUUGAAGUAGUAAUAUAACGCUCAUGAAAAUAUAAGAAAAUUAUAAAAAUGAACAUAAAAUAUAUUAGUCUGGAGGACAACCUGAGGCAAAAUUAUAUAUCUAUAUAUUUUUGCCACGUAGCAUCACAUAUUUAUUUGACAUAUUUUGUCUGAAUAUGAAAAAACACGAAGUGCUUAAUGAUUAGAACACCGCUUUGUGAAAAUUAAAAACUAGUAAAAAGUACACUUUUUUUGUGGAACUGAGGCUGUAGGUUGUAAUAGUGUACACUAUGCACCACUGUCAGUCGGUUUGAGACGCAGCCCCGGAUGAACCGGGAGACCGGCGAGGGGGCGGGUCUGCUCUCUGCCACCCGAGCCCGUUUUGGUGGAUUUUUGGGAAGGUGAGGGAGGGGCGGGGAAACGAGAGAGAGAGAGAGAGAGAGAGAGCUGUUGAAUGGAGACGGUUCUUAGAGUUUAUAACGGAACCAGUGUCCGGUGCAGGUCGACUGGAGCGCGCGCUGGGGCACCGGCAUCAAACAGACGUGAGAAGCUGCGUCUGAAACGGCUCACGAGACUCGUGAUCGCUAAAGCGCGAGAGCUUCGGCUAUUGUUGCUCUUUUGAGACUUUAAUUCUCGGUGCAGAUUUGAAUCGUCGACUGUGAGUUUGUGGCGAGCUGCGGAGAGUUCAGCAUGCGCACCACAUGUAACCUAUGUUAUUCUUAAAUACUGAAAAAUAUACAGAUCUUUUUCCUCCCAUUUGCGUUACCGCGCGCGGAGUUAGUGUUCUCUUUGGUGCACGCGGUGCUUUAAUUCGUUUCAUGCAAUAAAGACUUUUGAGGACACUGGUCACUGGACACUGGAUGCACGUGCGCACGCAUGCAUGAUGAAUCCGGCAAACAGCAGCUGCAUCACCGAGAGCGGUGACGGGACGCCCGAGCCCAAGCACGGGGUUUUGGAGUCAGUGGAGCGCGCUUCCGGUAAGCGACCUCCCUCCUCGGUGGAACAGGGAUGCCAGGUCGGGCACGCGGAGGAGGAGCAGGUGCACGGGGUUGACGCCGCGAGCCCGGCGCAGUUCGUGCCACCGGAGGGAGGUUACGGCUGGCUCGUGGCGUUCGCCGCUACCUGGUGCAACGGCUCGAUUUUUGGUAUCCAGAACUCGUUCGGGAUUCUGCACGUGAUGCUCGCGCAAGAGCAUGAGCACGAGGACCCCAACGACAAGGCGUCCCAGUUUAAAGUAGCAUGGGUCGGUGCCUUGGCUAUGGGGAUGAUCUUCUUCUGCUCCCCUGUGGUCAGCAUGUUCACCGAUCACUUUGGGUGCAGGAAGACGGCAGUGGGCGGAGCCUUCGUCGCCUUCUUGGGACUCCUCAGCAGCUCGUUCGCCACGACGCUGGGACUUCGUUAUUUCACUUACGGCAUGCUGUUUGGCUGCGGCUCAUCUUUCGCAUUCCAGCCAUCGCUGGUCAUCUUGGGGCACUAUUUCCGUCGCCGUCUAGGUCUGGCGAACGGUGUGGUGACGGCAACAAGCAGCCUCUUCACCAUCGCGCUGCCAGUGCUCCUAAAGAAGGUCGUAGGUCCUCUGGGCCUCUCCAGAACCUUCCAGAUCCUCAGCCUCUUCAUGCUGGUUCAGUCACUGCUGGCGUUCUCCUUCCGACCACUGAUUCCUUCAGCUGGGGCAGGCUCCCAGGGGCCUGCCGGAGAUCAGGGAUCCACAGCGGGAACUCGGUGGAGGAGGGGUGUGAUGAAAGUGAAGAAGUAUUUCAACGCCCGUGUGUUCAGGGUGGCUACAUACCGAGUGUGGGCUUUCGGAGUGGCCACAGCUGUUCUGGGAUACAUGGUGCCCUAUAUUCACUUGAUCAACUUUGUGAAGGAGCAGUUUGGGGAGACGCAGAAGGAGUGGGUGCUGCUGGUGUGCAUCGGGGCUUCCUCAGGAGUAGGUCGUCUGCUUUUUGGCAAAGUGGGAGACCUCAUUCCUGGAGUCAAAAAAAUAUACUUGCAGGUGGCCUCGUUCAUGACUCUAGGCCUGAUGUCGAUGAUGAUCCCGCAGUGCCGUGUGCUUGAGGGCCUGAUGGUGGUGUGUGUGUUCAUGGGACUGUGUGAUGGCUGCUUCAUCACCAUAAUGGCCCCCAUUGCUUUUGAGUUGGUAGGGCCCAUGCAGGCCUCGCAAGCCAUUGGUUACCUGCUGGGCCUCAUGGCUGUUCCAAUGACAGCAGGCCCACCAAUUGCAGGCCUUCUUCAUGAUCACUUCAAGGAUUACCACGUGGCUUUUUACCUGGCCGGCGUUCCCCCUCUGGUCGGAGGCAUAGUCCUGUUCUUUGUGCCGUUGGUCUUCAGGCACGCUCAUAGGAAACAAAGCAACACGUGUGACCCGAGCACACACAGCAUGCUGAAGAACUGCAUCAACGGAGACGUGCUGCCCGGAUACACUGACACCGAAACACAACAAGAGCUGCACUGAGGUCAUUCACUUCACCCAAAGUCCAUCAUCUGUGCAUGAGAUCUCUGUCCUCGGCUCAGAAGUCAGCCCCAAACUCCUCACCUCAGUGCCCUUUCCCUUAAAUAGUAAAGAUCUGCGUGGAUUUUUCAUACUCUUUUAUCCCCCUCUUGGACACCACAUGUCCCCAUCCCUCUGCUCGCUGUGGGAUUUUAACAGUCUGGUCCCUGAUGGCUUCUAAGAAGGAGCCGAAGCCUGAAGGAACACCGAUUGACACAUAAGAACAGCGAGCACCGAUCAGUAGGAAACGCUGUUGCCUUUGAAUUGAACUAAAAGGAAGAAUCCUUUACCUUUUUUCCUUUACAUGUGCCCUUUUUUUCAAUCCACUGUGUCCACAGAACAGUUGCCGUUUAACAGAGAUUUAUUAUUUUUUUCUAGCCUGUGAUUUUGUUCUAAUAUUUUUAAGGAAUUAAUGUUCUUUUACUCAUUUCUUGAUCUUUUUUUAUCUACUGUGGAUUCAGAUCUAUUGGUAAAACCAGUGUUAUUAUAUAAUCAUAGAGCAUUGUCGCUGUUCUUCAGCCAAAUUGAUAAUCCUAAUUGAGCUUUAGAAAAAAAUGACUUUAGUUUCUGAGAUUUUAGUAGAAACGUUUUAAUCGAAAACCUUUUCUAAUAGUACAAAGUCUUAAAUUCCAACCAUUUAGCGAACAGUUCUUUCCAAUUCCUACAUGAAUUUCUUUGAUUUUUUAUUUUUUUCUUUAAUCUAGGAAUCUUUAACCUUUGUUGGAAGUGAAGUCCAACUUUUAUGGGUCUAUCAAACAUCACUGGUGUUAAAUAGAAGCUUUUUUAAAUAUUUAUAUAUACUAGCUAUAUAAACUAGCCAACCAUUUUAGCUCACAUAAAACGAACAGGUUUGUCUGAGAAAUUCAGAAUACUUUUUGGUGCAUUUUCCAAUUUAUUUUUUUAUAUUGUUUCUUUACCAUUCUCUAUUUAAAGUGAGAUUCAAAGGAGUGAAAAACAGAUAAGAACUAAAAUUUGAGAAGGUAUUCAGGCUACAAUGUCCAAUUUCUCAGACCAAUCAUUUGGAACGUCUGGGCUUAACAAACCAGAACUAAUUGAGGUCACACCCGACACGUGAAGCGUAGCAUCAGGACCUUAAUCACUUCUAUUUUUCAAUCCAGAGGUGCGUUAAAAUCAUUUCAGGCUCGAGCUUUUGCAUGCGUGAUUUUCCGCAGACCUAUUUCCGCAGGAUCUAUUCUAUGCAGCAACAAAUCUCAUACCAGUGCCAAUAUUUUAGAGCCAGUUAGUCACUCUGUGGCAGUACACUAUGCUGAUAUUUCCUGCUAACUUGCAUUCCUCAAAAACGCCCAUGUUUCUCAUUCAUGGAUUAAGUUAAAAAACAUUCAUAGGAAAAAAACAUCAUUUUCUCAUAAUCUCAUGAUUUUUUUUUUGUUAUAAAAUUUAGACUUGUUUAGACUUCCUUUGCUCAUCUAAUUGUCUUAUUAACUAAUCUAUCAUGCUAGUAGUGUCCGUUUUAGACAUUUUUGCUAUUUCCUCUGUCAGAUAAGAGGCGUUUUCAUUGGCCAUUGCAAACAGGAGCAGUUCAUAUCAUUGGUUGCUUUCCCUCAGACCUUUUAUUUUAUUGCUUGCCGGUUGCUGUGUUAUCACUAUGGAAACACAUUGUAGGAUGCAAAACAAACAGAAUCCAACCCAAACAUACCUCAGUAGCUUCUUCUUAGCUAGAAAACUGCUCUUGGUAACUCAUAGGAAAUGUUGAAAGGUUGAAGUUGGAAUAAAUAAACUAUAGGUCAUUGUAUAUAGAUAUACUGUAAUCAUAGAGGUCAAUCUUGUGUUCCUGAAGCUUUAUGUAAUCAUAUUGCAGCGUCCAUGUUUUGUAGCUUUGACCAAUUCAGAUUGAAGACAAACACAGUAUUGGUAGCAAGCUAGUAGCAAGUUUUUCAUAUUCUUCAUGUCUUUUUAGCAAAGUAUCAUGUUAAUGAAACUAGGACUAUAUCGAUGACUCCCUGCUUUCUGUAUGUCGAACCUCACAGUCUUUUUUUUUAAAGAACAUCUGUUUUUGAGUCAUUUAUCAUUCCUAAGCAUUGGUGAAUUGGAGAUUAGUCCAAUAUCGACCAGUAGAAAUUCUCAGCCUUGGUACAUCCCCAACUUUAAAGACGUAAAACUGCAUUGUCGUGUUAAAAAAAAUAGAUAAUCUUUGAGCAGAAUAGCAGGCAUGUGCUGAUAAUAUGGAAAUGUUUUAACCACAACGAAUUGCAAAUACUAUCUCCUGUUUGUUUUUUCUCCAUUUAUUGUCACAUCGUAGGGCAAAGCCGGUUAAAAUAGGUUAGCUUCACUUAUGUUAUAGUAGCUAUAAACGUCUAUCUCAUUACUAGCUUAUGCAACAUAUGCAACAUGUUACAGAGAAAUUGUAAAGCACAGAGCCUUCUGUCUUCAAGAUUUGUUGAGGGUUCAAUCUCUGACUGUUACGAAAGUGAUUAGAAUCCAUCCAAAUUGCUAAAUACAACAGGAUACUUACAGUAUUUGUUACAAUACUAACAACAGAUUAUACGUAUUCACGUUUAUAUAAGCCGAGGUUUAGAAAUUCGAAGGCAGCACGCGACACAGCAUUCCUCUGAGGAUUAAACUAUAUUUCCGAGCCUUAAAGGGAUUGAGACGAUAGUGCCGAUUAAAAAUAAAACGCUGAAGUUUAUUUUAAAUCAGAAAAUUGCGUAAUAUUGGAAAACAGUUAUAGUUAUUGUGAUAUUUUAUAUCGGCCAAACCUGGUAGGAACAAGACACGCAUACCUCAAAAAACGUACCUGUUAACGAUACACACUGUUAAUUUUACAGCUGCAGUUUAAGCCUCAAUACAAUCAUCUCUCUCUCUCUCUCUCUCUCUCUCUCUCUCUCCCUUUUUUGUAUUGCUCUCAGCACUAAUUACCCUUUAAUUAAUCAUACUUUUUUUAAACCACUAACAGCCUUUUCAGAUUCAGAGCCUUUUGUGUGUGUGUGUGUGUGUGAGUGUGUCCCAAACUGUAGUGUCUCUCUCCAGACCUCAGGGAUUCUAUUUUCAGAAAGCUUUUCAUGUCCAAACGUCCUCACAUCAGUUUUGAGACAUUUCUCCCGCAUGCGUUAUGGUACAGCAGAUGUGUAAAGACUUCAGCUAAAUGGAAAAAAAAAACAAAAAAUACAAAAUUUCCCAGAUUAUUUUCUCAGUCCAUAAAACCCAAGGUAGUCAAUCAAUCAUGUUUGGCUUCUGUAUAUCUGAUUCAUUUAUUUUAAUGCAGAGGUAUUCCAUUAAUUAGACAAUUUAUGAAAUAUAAUAAUAAUAAUAAUAAUAAUAAUAAUAAUAAUAAUAAUAAUAAUAAUAAUAAUAAUAAUAAAUUAAAAUUAAUAAAUAAAUAAAAAACAGUAGUAAAAAAAAAAUGGAAAGGACAAAUCCGGCUUGUUUUUGAAAGAUUUUUUAAAAUCUUUUCUGCCAUUAAAUCAGUUUCAGUUUUUUCGUUUAGAGUCUCUAUAAAUGCUUGGUGAUCUGGGAAAACCCUUCGGAUGUCAUCGUGGCUGAAUUCUGACAAAAGUUAGACAGAAUAUUGAGUUUUGACAAAAAAAUUACCAAAAUUUUUUUUUUUUUUUGCACCUCGAUUUUCAACAAACCAUAAACUUCAUUUAAUUCACCCCUAAAGAUUCUAAUUCAUUUUCUUAACUUGCCUAGAUACAAGAAAAGACUAGUUUUUGUGACUCAAAGCAGGUAUAACACUAGAAAUUUUAUGAAAGUUUUGAUCGUAUUUAAUUUGUUAUAUGUUCAUUUUUUUACAUGCUAGUUCCAGUUAAUUAAUUAAAUGAUCAUUUUUGGGGGUAAUCUUGAACUAGUAAUGAUAGAAAGAGAGAUAUUUCAGUUCAGGAAACCCUGUCCGAUUUCUGAGAUAUAUAUUUAAUCAAAAUGUUGACAAUUUCAGCAUGUGCAGGGUUUUCCCACACCACCACACUUCCCUCUCUCUCGCUCUUUUUUUUUUAGCGUGAAUAGAUCACACAUUUUGUCUUUGCAAAUUAAUUUGUUUUUCUUUCUAUGUUAGUGGAUAUUUAGGCAUUAUCAGUUACAAUCAACACAGUAUUUACUGUCAAGGAUGCUCUUACAUCUACCCCAUGUACCUUAAUAUAGUUCAUUCUGUUCAGUAUUUUUAUUAAAAUUAAUUUCUGUAUUCUUAUUAAUCUUGACAUCCGUUCAUCUGUUCUGUUUCGUUUUGUUGUAAUUUGACAUUCACAAGAAUCUAAUAUUACCUCAGUUACCUCAUGUCUGCAUUUUUGGCCUUCCUGUUUCUGACCAAUCAGUUCCAAGCUUUACAAUUAUGCAGAUUUUAUUUCCUCGAAUCUUCUUCUAGUGAGCGAAUACUAGAUUUGCUCUUUUUAUUAUGUUGCAUUUGUAAAUAGCUUAAAAAAUCGGAUUUGCCUGGUAAAGUUGAGUAUCACGGAUAUUUUUUUUUUUUUUUACAAAUCUGCCCUUUCGAUUAUUAGCUAGUUUAUUGAUUUAAUUUUUGGUUGAUUCGAUUUAUAUUUACACUGAUUUGAUUAACCUCAUAGUAGCAUUGUACUGUUUUUUUUUUUGUGCAGUUGAUGUGUAUAUAAAUAAUACAUUUUAUUUUCUUGUAAUUUUGUAUGUAUAGAUAUAUAUUUGCUAAGGCUUUACAUUAGGAUUUCUUCUCAUGAACAAAAUCUGAACUUCAGCAAAAAUAAAGCACAAGUAUUAUUAACAAAGUAAGUUGUAUUCAUUCGUGUCUUUGCUUUACGCAGACGUUUGUUUAGAAAUUCACUGAAAUUGUGCGUUUAAUUUUUUCUGUUUUGCUUGGAAUUUUUGCCAGCAGUGUUGGCAGCUCUGUGUUUAUUAAAAUGCUUAUAUUCUUCGGCUUCAUUUUAUGAGCAUCGGUUAACAUAGGUGUUGAUCCCUUAGCUUAUUUUCUGUUUGUUUUUUAAUGUUAUCAAAGGUGUAUUAAUGCUGAAGUUCAGGAUUUGCUUCGUGUCAGUUAAGGAAAUCUUAAUAUAAAGCGUCAUGAUAUAUUUGGAUCACUUUUAUGCAAUUUAGCUACAACACAGUGUCUUGGCUUUUGUAAUGGAAAUGUAGGAGGCACAAUUUGGCCGGGGAAGGAAGAUAAAAUCAGUGUGAUGUUUCAUCCUGUGGAUCGUGAGGGGGUGUGUCCUGAGCCUGUAUGCAGAUGAGCUCUGAUUGGGGCGUGCCUUUGGAAGGCUGUAAUUGCAGAUGUGGGCGUGUUUUUGUGUCCUAAUAUGGAGAUUUUUCCCUUUUUUGUUUUCAAUUUAGACAAAACUGACUUACAUUUCUGAGAAAUUGUUAUGUUAGAAAUCACCGCUAAUGCUAGUUAACUGACUUGUAUGAGCUAGCUUGAAGUGAGCACUAUUUCUGCCUACUCAGAAAUAUAUUCAACGUCAUAUAUAUGCUUAAGGACACGCCCACCCGUUCCACUCAAAGACCCAAUUGACGUUUCCUUAUCCGACAUGCUGUAAACCGUCAUAUAUGGUGAUCAUCCUGGGAAUUAAUCGCAUUGUUCCACCCUGGCCUUUAAAAAUGUUUCUGUUUAAACUUUUAUAGGAAGUAUUAUCUUAGCACCUUGAGAGUUUGUGUGGUGUUUUAGGCGAUAUUUUAGGAGACACGCGUUACCUACAGCUGCGUACUGCCUUCUAAAAUGUCGCCUUUAACAAUUAAUCUUCAAUAUCACCUUAAUGUUUUUUUUUUCCUUCAUGUGUAAACAACAAUGAAUUAAAAGGACUAAAGUUAUGCUGCUAGCUUUCUGUCAUUUAGUUUUCAUGUGAAUAGUUUGCGUCUCUAGUGCACCUAAUUGUUUUUUUUUUGUUUGUUUGUUUAUUUGAUAUUAAACAGGCAUUAAAUGCCACAA